GAGAAUCAGAGGGAUCUUGGGGUCUGAGUCCAAAGGACACUCAAAGCUGCUACGCAGGUUGGCUCUGUGGUUAAGAAGGCAUACGGUGCAUUGGCCUUCAUCAAUCGUGGGAUUGAGUUUAAGAGCCAAGAGGUAAUGUUGCAGCUAUAUAGGACCCUGAUCAGACCACACUUGUUAGUACUGUGCUCAUUUCUGGUCGCCUCACUAUAGGAAGGAUGUGGAAACCAUAGAAAGGGUGCAGAGGAGAUUUACAAGGAUGUUGCCUGGAUUGGGGAGCAUGCCUUAUGAGAAUAGAUUGAGUGAACUCAGCCUUUUCUCCUUGGAGCGAUGGAGGAUGAGAGGUGACCUGAUAGAGGUGUAUAAGAUGAUGAGAGGCAUUGAUCAUGUGGAUAAUCAGAGGCUUUUCCUCAGGGCUGAAAUGGCUAGCACAAGAAGGCAUAGUUUUAAGGUGCUUGGAAGUAGGCACAGAGGAGAUGUCAGGGGUAAGUUUUUUUACGCAGAGAGUGGUGAGUGUGUGGAAUGGGCUGCUGGCUGCGGUGGUGGAGGUGGAAACAAUAGGGUCUUUUAAGAGACUCCUGGAUGGCUACAUGGAGCUUUGAAAAAUAGAGGGCUAUGGGUAAAGCCUAGGUAGUUCUAAAGUAGGGACAUGUUCGCACAACUUUGUGGGCCGAAGGGUCUGUAUUGUGCUGCAGGUUUUCUAUGUUUCUAAGAACGUCCAUUUAGAAUAGGGAUGGGGAGGAAUUUCUUUAGCCAGAGAGUGGUGAAUCUGUGGAAUUCAUUGCCACAGACAGUGUGGAGGCCAAAUCAUUGGGUAUAUUUAAGGCAGAUGUUGAUAUAUUCUUGUUUGGUUUGGGCAUGAAGGGAUAUGGGUGAAGGCAGGAGACUGAGGUUGAGAGGGAAAUGGAUCAGCUCUGACAAAAUAAUGGAGCAGACUCGAUAGGCCAAAUAGUCUAAUUCUGCUUCUAUAUUUUAUGGUCUAAACUCAGGAGAUUCACAUCUGCUCGGCGUUCUGAGGACAUUAAGUAACACACAUUUUUGGGAUUUAUGAAUUUAUUCUUCUGGUUUUGUGAGAGCAGGAUGGCUUUCCUGAAUUAUACAGGACUAUUUUUUACCUGAAGAUUUAGUUGAUUUAAGCAAAAAGUAGCUUAGCUCUUCCCUUUAAGCUUUCUCUAAUGAUACGAAGUGUACUUUUUCCAAUUAUCCCACUGCUUUCCCCCAUGGACAGAACAAGGAUGAUUUUAAGGGAUCAUAUUUACCAAUUUAUUCAGUCCUUGUGCAAAGCAGAUGAACAAACAAUUGUGUGUAUCACAAAGGUCAAAACUCUGUUUAAACUGGAACAUCUGCAGGAAAAUAAUCUAAUGUAGUAAUAGAAGCCCUGGAAUAAAAGUGCGUUAUUCUCAAGAGAUGAGGUAUAGCCCAAGACUGAAUGCUAUUGAGUGCUGCCUGGCCUGCUGAGUUCUUCCAGCAUUUUGUGUUUGUUGCUUUGCAUUUCCAGCAGCUACAGAUUUUCGAGUUGGCGAAUCCCUUUAUGAAUGAUGACAUGGAUACAAAUAAAUAUGUACAAGACUUGCUGCAGCAAUUGGAAGAAUCCCGCAGGAAGGUUCAGAGAGAGAAGCUGGCUGUGGCCCAGUUACAACAGGAAGCUGCAAGCAGUGAAAGUGAAAGAACAAUGUGCGAGAAGCUGAUGCGUGAAUUGGAGGAAGAGAGAUGUUUAAGGCUUGAGACUGAAAACCGACUGCGUGAGGUUACACUGGAGUCUGAAAUCAGUGCAUCCCAGAUGCAGGCUCUGCAGAAGCAGCUUGCCAGGAUGGAAGAGACUGUAAGAAAUCUACUCCAGAAUCAAGGGGCAAGAGCACAGAGUGCAGGAACAGCAGCUGAUCUUUUAAAUGCUUGCCAGGCUAAGAUGUCAGAAGAUACAGAGGUUUCCAAAGAAACAACAACAGACCUACAUGAGGCAUUGGAUGAAUUUCCCAGCAGCGCAAUCAACAUUGAGGAACAGGAAAAGACAAUGCACCUUCUGGAAAGACUAAGAACGUUGGAGGCAGAAAACUCAGCAUUGGCACUAGAAAAUGAACAUCAACGAGAACAAUAUGAACGCUGUCUUGAUGAGGUGGCUAAUCAAGUUGUGCAGGCGUUGCUUACUCAGAAGGAUUUAAGAGAUGAGUGCCUGAAACUGCGCACUAGGGUCUUCGAUCUCGAACAGCAGAACCGCACAUUGAACGUUUUAUUUCAGCAGAGAGUUCGCCUGGCGUCUGACUCCCUUCUACAGAAACUUCACUCACGGAUUGUAGAUCUCUCAUCAGGCGACCUCUUCUCCACUGCCGAGAGGAACAGACAUCCAAUCAAGUCAAAAAGUACAGACACACAAAUUCAUGAAGCUCAUGCAAAUACACCAUCAAAUGUAUCGGUUUUAAAGUGUCAGAGUCAAUUAAAUCUGACCGUACCUAGCCAGCUUUAUCCCAGGAGCAGCUGUAGCAGCAGUGACCUCUCAAUCUCAAGUGCCUGCAGUGAACAUUCAAGUGGCUCCUACACUUGGAAUGAAGGAAGGACAUGGAGUAAGAGGUCAUCGUUAAACUGGGAAACAAGACUCAGCAUUGGCUCCUCACUUCCCAGCAACCUCUCUAGUCCUGCAGAAGAACUACCUCCCACUCGAGAAAAAGAAUGCCACAUCUUAGAAGGAUUGAAAAAGCUUCAGAAGAAAGGGACUUUCUUGGAACCACCUUCGAUUGUGUCAAAAUGGGCUUACAAGGAUUGCAUGAACUCCAAUGAAGGAAUUUACUCGCUUGGCCUAAGAUGUCGGACUCGCAAUAAGGAUAAAACUCCAACACCUUUCAAGGCCACUGAUAAUAUAGUGUGCUUAGAUCAGCCCAAACCAUUCGUGUAUGAUUCUGAUUCAAAUGAUGAUGCAGAUGAUGACUACACAGCAAUCAUAAUAAAUGAAGUGCCAAGUAAAGAUUGCAAAUCAUUUUGUAAAAAGCUAACACACAGUAUUUCUGACAGCCUGUUUGACUGGGAUCACAAUGUUUCAGAAAGGCUCACACACCUAAGCUCAAGAGAAAAGCCUGAAAAGCUGACGAGUUUUGUCACUAGUUUGCAGUCCAGUGACAAGUUUUGUACAAACAAUAAGUUGCCUGCAACAAAACUGCAAUUUAAUUCUACCAAACUGCACUAUGAGGAUUUGGCGAUCCAGCUGUCUGACACAGAGGAUAUUGAGAAGUUGGAUGAAACUCAACUGGAAGACACUGAAAAGAUAAAUUCUUCUGAACUUGUAUCAAGUUUUUUAAGUGACAAACAAUCAGUGAGUCAUGCAAGCCCACUCAGUUGUAAAAAAACAUUCUUCUCUUCUGCAGAUAAAGAUGAAAGCCAUUUUUCACCUUGCUCUGACAAUAAUCCACAGACAUCAAACUUACUGAAAGAUAACUGUCAAACAACCAAGUUUGUGAAAACAUCAUCUGAAGAAUGCAUCACAAUAGUGUUUGAUGCUGAAGAUGGCCAGCCAAUUAGGUUUAAUUCCCAACAGACCGCAAGUGUCACAGUGUCUUCAAAUCAAAUUUCCUUUCCAAAUGCUUCAGAUGGGAAUUGCCAACAAGCUGACUUUGCGGUGGAUGACUCUGGGCUGCUGCCUGAAGGACUGAUCACUUGUCAACAAGGAAGUGAUGCGAGGAACCGUACAAUUUUAGAGUCACUGCAAGGUCACAUGCUGCAAAAUUCAUUAGAUGAUCUUAAAGUCGACAAGAAAUCAUUUAGUUCUGUUGUUUGUACAGACUCUGGAAAUUCCAAAGGGCCAUUAUCUCAACACAGUCCUCAGCAACAAAAAAUAUUGAAGCCGUCUUGUAGCACAGUUUCUAAAUCAAACUCUGUAUCUCCUCAUUCUGUUCAAAAGCCAUAUCUAACCAAAAUACCCAACAGAGGGAAAAGCUCACCACAAAAAUCCUGUCACGUAAAUGGAAGUGACACUCCCCAUUUGCCUUCACCACUUGGCUCUCUUAACCAAGACAAGUCUCCAUCAGGUAUAAGAGUCUCUAAAUAUUUAAAAAUGCCAAAUUUCGGUAUUAAUAAUGGUUUGAAAAAUGAUACCAAUUUUCCAAAAUGCAGUCCCCCUCUUCCUCCAAGCUCCAAGGUUGCAUCAUGCAAUGAAGGAGGAAAGAGCCAUUGUGGGAUUUUACAAGGAUCUUUAUUUUCCAGAAAGCCAGUGGUGGAUCUUCGAGAACAUCCCACACGAGAUAAACAGAAUUCCUUAGAGUCGGAGGAAAUUAAAUCCUCAUCACCUCCACCUCCACUUCCACCAGGCAGAACCACUUCUUUGCUUUCUAGACCAAAUUGUGAACAUUCUCUGAAAAUAACUGCAAAAUCCGAAACAUCCACACCUGUUGUGCCAGAUAAGAAUGCACCCACAUCUCCAUCUUUAAAGCCAUUGGGAAUCACUAGUGCAGCAUUGCCUGCCUCCCCAAUGACAAAUGAAACAGAAAAUCAACUAAACCAGCAAUCCCCAGCAGUCACUGAUUUGAGCAGCUCCCACCAUGAAAAAGCUGCUUUGCAAAAUUCAGCGCACCUGUCACAGGAGUCAAGUGAAAUCUCAAAUGAUUUGACUGGUGUGUCUUCCGAAAAAAAAUCUCUGAAAACAAAUUGCUCAAACACUUCAUCAAUGCACAUUGAAUCUUGUCCUCAAGCAGCUGCUAAAAUGAUUAAAAGUUUAGCAUGCAAUCAUGCAAACCAAAAGGAUCCCUCACUUCAAAACACAUUUUCUGCCAAAACAGGGCAAUUAUGCAAAAUUGACUUGACAAUGCAGUGCACACCAUGUAAGAUGUUACCAGCAUCAUCACAGUGCCAUGUACCAAGUACAAAUGAACCCUCAGCUCAGCCACAGCACUGCCAGUCUCCGUCUGGUUCUACUGAUAAGCACAUAACCUUUUCAUGCUUUGAAGAACAAAAACACAAAACUCGUAUUCCUGUUGGACUUAAAGUAUUCUUGAAAUCACCACCAUUGUUGAGAAAAAGUUCAACUGUACCUGGGAAGCAUGAGAAAGACAGUAUUAAUAUCUACUCUAAAGGAAAUGUAACUCAGGGAAAAUCUGAGCAAGUUGAUGUAUCUGAAAGUAUUGAAUUUUUGGAACAACCAGGUUCAAUAGUUGGUAAUGAGAAUAAAGGCAACAUUCAGGAUCCUCCUGUUGUUAAAGCAGGUUUACCUGCUGAACUUGAGAGUGAAAUAAAAUAUUGCAGAAUCUCUACAGAUGGAAAUGAUGUUAAUAACAUGGAAAUUAAAGUUUUUAAGAGGUCAGUUUCUGUUAACAGCAAACCUUAUCUUAAACCAGCUCUAGGUAUGAACGGUGCCAAAGCUCGAAGCCAGAGUUUUAGCAAUCAGUCUGGGGAGAAGUCUUCUGUUUCACUGGUGGAUGGGCCUGGAAAGGUGCGAACACAAAUCAUUACAAACACGAGUGACAGAGGUAAUUCCUUGACGCGGCAGAACUCCACUGGCACAGCGGAAGCAAUGCAAACUAAACCAGCCUGUGGCUCCUCGGCUAGCCAAAGUGCUUCACAUUCUCCGAGAAAAGCGGAUGUUUCCUACACACGACAGGUAUCAAGCGGAAGUAUAAGCAGCUCAAGUAGCCACCAUAGUAGUCCUAGCAAGUUGCCUUGUAGAACUCCACCAAAGGCUGACGGUCAGCUUAGUACUUUCAAGUGUAGUGGCAGACAGUCACCUCCUCAAAAAGAAAGCAGAAGCCUACCUCUCAGUGAGAAAAAAAUGAAACAAAUGCCACAGAAAGGAAAAAAUGUAGUGCUUUCUGGAUAUGAGUCUCAGUCAUCACCAAAUAUGUCUUCUGCAGAAAAUCCAUGCAAGUCGCAGAGUCCCUCUGAACUGAAUUUGGCAAAAGUUGCAAAGAAACAGGAAAAUCUGUCCAAAAGGCCUGAGAAUCCUGGCAAGGUACUCAUCCCUCCUUCUGUUGCUGAGACACCAUGCAGCAUCGAAGCAAAAGUCAUGCUGGGAAUCCAGGAAAAUAUGCAGAAGUUGCAACAACGGGGCAAAGUUCAGUUUUUGGAAAGUAAACAGAAGACAGGGCCUUCAAUAGCCAAGUGGUUUGGUUUCCGAAAGAGUAAGUUGCCAGCUCCCAAUAGCAAAAUGUCUGAUGAUUCUAAAUCCAAGGAUGAGAAAAAAGCAACCAAAAGUGGAGCCAGUUCUGGAAUCAAACAAACAAAAUUUGAUAAGAAAAAGGAUAAAAGAAAAAAUGAAACUGGAUGUGAAAGAGAGAGUGAUGUCACCAAAAGAGAACCACGUUAUGUCAAAAAGUUAGAACAUGAUUAUCCAAGUAAAGGUUCUGAGUUCACACCCCAGGAAACACACUACAGUAGAAAAAUAAAUCUUCCAUCCAAACGUCAAGGCUUUAAAGAUCACAAUAUUCCCACAAGAGAGUCAGCAAAUGAUGAGUUCAUGCAAGAGCUCUUGCACAGAGUUGAUCAGAAGGCAGCUCAUCAGAGGGAAAACGCAUCAAAUCAUGUUUCCCCCCGAAACAUGUCUAAGGGCAUCUCCCAUGGCUCUGCAUUUCCUAGCAACUCUAUCAGUGUUCCAGUAAACCAUGGAAAGAAUUACAAAAUGAAGCCACCUACUGAGAUUCCAAAUGAAAUUCAUAAAGAUUUGAAAAUGGAUUCUGAGUGUGUAGUUAAUACAAUUCCACAUGAAAAUUACGUUGAACUGUGGCAUUUGAGUGAGUCAUCUCCUGGGAAUCUCUCUGACUGGCAAAGUUUAAAAUAUCAGAACCAAGCAAAUGAACAGAUACUAAGGGGCAAAGUGGAAAAAAAUACAAGCUUGGAAAGCACGAAGGGAGCCAUCGCUGACUCAACAUGUCACGAUCAAAUCAUAGGAUCAAGUUGCCAGAUGAGAACAUUGGACAGUGGAAUUGGGACAUUUCCCCUCCCAGACUCUGUGAGCCGGGCAACAGGGCGACACGUUACCAAAACAACAUCCUGCCUUGAUUACGAGCUUUCCUCCUCCCUGGAAAAAAUGCCAUACACAGCAAAAGUUUCUCAGAAAGCAAAAACACUUGAACGAGAAGUGCCUUGCAGUGCUGAAUGCAGCAAUCCUCGGCAGGAGAUGAUCGGCCACUCAGCAUCCGACCCCACGAUGGUUGCUAAACCUGCACAAGCAUUUCCAAAUUGCCUUCCCAAGCCAUCCAGUGCAGGUUUCCUUGUUACUAAAUACAAAAUGCAAGAUCGUCUAACUGAGGGUUGCACUCCAACCCAAUGUUCAAACAUCUGUCAAAGUGAACAUUCCAAGUUGCCAGAGAGAACGAGGAAUCUGCAACAACCAGGCUGUUCCCAGAGUCUGAGUGCACAGGAACAAGCAAUGCAUCUGCGUUCAUAUUCUACCAGAAGUAGUAAGAAUGAAACAGAAGCUGAACUGGAAUCAGUGGAGAAUGGCACUGGCGGUAACGAAUUAUUCAACAAAACUGGAAGUCAACGGCAACAUAUUGACAAACCAUCGUACUUCGGAAACGAGUCGAGAGUUUUCACUUUUUACCAGCCAAACCUGUAUGUGCAUUAUGGAAAGGACAUGCCACAAUUCAUUGUGAAGCAAUUACAUGGUGACUUCAGUAAGGAUGAAAAUGUUGAUGAUAUUCCAAGUAAAAUCAAACAAGUGAGAAGUGAAGGGUCAGACUCCAAGUUGCCCACUCCGCCGAACGUCUCGAUGGACAAAGUCAACAGGAUCAAUUUGCGCAGGAUUGAGGAGAAGAAAUAUUUAUCAAAGCCCGAGACUGACAAGGAAAGCGCAGGGAAACCCGAGCAAGUCUCGCCGAGUUCCUCCGGAAAGACCGGUGUGGACAACUCGCGAUCGCUGAGCGAUUCUUUGUAUGACAGUUCCUCAUCCUGUGCGAGUCGAGCUUCUAACGAAGUGUAGAGCGACAACAAAGAACCAAAAAGAAUAAUAAUGCAAGAUAAAGACAGUUGGGACAAUUUUGAAACUGUGUCACAGUAAAAUUAAGACGGAGUAACGAAUUCUGCUCUUCCCACAGCAGAUUGCACUUCUUGUCAGAGAACACUGUAUUAAAACUGGUAAUCGCUGCAAUUCCUAUGACGUGAAUUAAAUUUAAAGGAAACCUAUUUUGCACUGUAUAAAUACUGAAUUUCUUUUCUUGUAAAUUGAGAAAUAUAUUUGUAGACAAUAAAGCAAUACAUACUAAAACAUGGUGCAAUCCUGCCUGGACUAACACCCUUUCGCUGGGAAGUUGGAGAUCACAGGUUAAAAUAUCAUUUUUGUCUGCAUUUGUUUUUUUUUUGUUCGCUUUUUGCUUGGGUCAGAUCCUGUGCUGGACACCAGUUCCACAAAUGGGCACACAUUCAAGGAAAUGGGAUUUUUAAAACGCACUCCCACUAUUAGGAGGGAGGCAAAAACUAUCUACAACUCAAAUUUUUGUGCCUAGGAAAUUGACGGCCCCAGUUCAGAUGAUGUAUAUUUUAACUCAGGUGACUUGUAACAUUUAUAAGAAAAUGGAUGGCCGCGUAUUCUUAGCGGGGUUUUGUCCGGUAAAAAAAUGUCAGGGAUAUCUGUAAAAUAGUGUAGUUGUUCUUUAAACUCUCGCGUAAUGUGAUGAACACACCUUCAGCUACGAGCCAGACUAUCAAUAAUAAUCAGUUUUCACUUUACUUUUUUUUAACAACUUCGCCGUACAUCCCUAAUGGAGUUGAUAAAGUUUUUUUAAAACUAGAAACCCAUUUUCCAGCAGAGACUUGGCGGUGCUGAUUCAACUCAUCAAUUCCCCUCUGAGUUCCACCAGUCCUCCCUUCAUAUAUUUGGAGAACAUGCGAAAUUUCAAAUAGCGCGUAUUUUUUUCUAGAUGUGAGAUAUUUAUACCUACUUUUGUACAUCGAAUUGUAAAGUAGUAUAUUUGAUAUGUUCUGAUUCUACACUCAAUCAAAACGGCUGAUUCAAAAAUGUUCCAAGUGCAAACAUUCCGCAACGUUCCCAACAGUGUUACUUGAAUUCCUGGUGCAAUCUAGAUGUUAAUUAUUAGAAAUUAAUGUCAUAUUUUUCAUGUACGAACUUUGUUAAAACAAAAUA